AUGAGUUUUCGACUUCUGAAUGUCCUCAGGCCUUUCAUGGCCAUACUUCCAGAAGUUACGGCCCCUAAAAAAAAGCUAUACGUCGAAGAAAGAAUUUUGUGGACAGCAGUCACAUUCCUUAUUUUUUCGGUGUAUUCACAAAUUCCAUUGUAUGGCAUAAUGUCAUCUGAUUCAUCUGAUCCUUUAUAUCAGUUAUGUGUAAUUCUUGCUUCCAACAGAGGCACACUGAUGGAACUGGGGAUAACACCUAUUAUGACAUCAGGAAUGGUCAUGAAACUUUUAGCAAGAACAAAAUUGAUUGAU